GGCAGAGGAAAACAUCCAAAAAAAAAAAAAAAAAGCAGUGGAAAACAUCCUGGACGUUUGUUCCUAGUCCCCGGAGAAUCCCAUGUUCUCAUAUAUGACACCAUAAUGUUUUUUUCCAAAAAAAAAACAGAAAUUUCAGUAUUGAACUCUCAUUUCUCGUAGCGCCGUUUUCUAUUUUACAGUAUUCACAGCAACCACAGGCAAUUUCAGGCCAAGAAAGUAUCAUUCUUAAGGUGAUUUUCUCGAUACUUUUGCGCCCACCCCCUGAAAAUAGAAGGCACUUGAUCACUUGAUUUAGUCAGCUAAUUUGGAUUGUGAACUAAUUUACAGAGUUUAAGCUGUAAGAGUUUCUUGAAAAAUGGUGAAAUGAAUAGAAGAAGAAUGCUUCUGAUUGGAAAAGAAUUUCCCAUGACGGGUUUUGCUAGUCUAUGCCAGUUUCAUGUUUUGAACACCACCUGUUUGUAGAAAUCAUCUUGUUCGUUUUUUAGCGAUCUUUACCGGGAGGAGGUUACUAAAGGUUGAACUCUUCACCUUCUGCACUAUGGAGCGAGCAUCCAACCACCGGGUCACAUUUCUUUAUCUGUUUUAUCUGGUUCUGGUUUCUAUUAUCUAUUGAGUUCUUGAACGCAAGUCCCGUCCAUAUGGAUUUCUUGUUAAUUUUGAUUAUUUUGCAAUCCAGGAUUUUACUUGGGAUGUGAAGGAGUAUAGAGUGGAGCCUUGCCUAUGCAGUGGGUAUCCGGAGAGGAGUAAGUGAAAUAUGGGAGAAAAUUCAGAUGACAAAUUGGGUUUAUGUAGUGUAGGGGAGCAGGUUGGAGUUUUGGAAGACAUUUUGCAUGAAAGUAAAAUUUUGGAAGAAUUUUGUUCUGGUCCUGUAGACAAGUUUGUGGGGUCCUAUUCUGACAUAGCUAUUAUAGGGUGUGAUUUAGUUUCUUGAAAUCUUACUUUUUAGAAAAAUAUUACACGACAUGAAAUUGAUGCAUUCCAAAAGCAUUUGGGAUAAGGACUUUGGAAGGGAAGAUAAGCAAAUGUGGGAGUUUGACCGAAAUCUUUCUGUUGUCAAUUUCAAAUGGUGAAAAGAUAAAGAGCAAUAAAGGAAGUAAUAGUUUCAGAAACAAUCAAGGACCUAAUAUAAGAGCUUCCUGGGAACAGUUAUCUUCCAGCUAAUGGAGUUGGGUGCAAUCAUGAUGGACUUUAUUGGCUGAAAUGAGCUUUUGGGUUCUGUACAUAUGCUUUGGGUUUUAUUAAUGUAAAUGUUUUAGUUGUCAUAGAGACAUCUAUGUGGCUAUUGGUGAUUUAACAAAAAUACAAACAAGAAAAUGCAUCAUGGGCAAAGUGGUGCAGGGGUGAUGUUUCACUCUUCUUUGGCUUUUGUUGUGAUCUUUGGCUCAAAAAACAGAUUUAUCACAACGUUGACAACUGGAUUGAGAGCAAAACCAUUAGCAUCCAAAGUUGGGAGUCUCAUUGUUGUUGCUUCAAUUGCAAAAGCUCUUUCAGAGCCUGGAGGAACUAGAAACCUGGAUAAGAACAUGGCCUCUGUUAACUUGUCUGAGGAUCUUGUUCUCCAAGUUCUCCGCAGAAACUCUCUGGCAGCAUCUAAAAAGUUGGAUUUCUUUCACUGGUGCUCUCUUAGGCCCAACUACAAGCACUCUGUGGGUACUUACUCUCAGAUGUUUCAUACAAUCUGUCACUGCCCUCAAUACCAUGAUGAGAUUUUUAAUCUUCUCACUUCCUUGAAGCGUGAUGGCUUGGUCCUUGAUUCAACAACCUUCAAGCUGAUCCUCGAUGCUUUUAUCCGAUCUGGAAGAUUCGACUCUGCACUGGAAAUUUUGGACCACGUGGAGAAAGAUUUAUGCAUGACAAUCUCGUUAAACCCUGAUUUGUAUAGCUCUAUCCUCAUUGCCCUUGUCCGUAAAGGCCAGCUUGGUAUAGCUCUUUCAAUCUUCCUCAAACUCUUGGAGAAUUCCAGUACAAAUGGAAAUAGUGGCAUUCUUGAUGCUGUUUCUUGUAAUGAGCUGCUUGUUGGUCUUAGGAAGGCUGAUAUGAGGGAUCAAUUCAAGCAAGUAUUUCAUAAACUGAGAGAAAUUGGAUCCUUUCCGUUGGAUAGAUGGGGUUAUAAUAUAUGCAUUCAUGCAUUUGGGUGUUGGGAUGAUCUGGCUACUUCUUUAAGUCUCUUCAAAGAGAUGAAGGAUAAGAGUGGUUCCUUUAGCCCUGAUCUAUGCACAUACAACAGCCUUAUCCAAGUGCUGUGCUUGGUUGGCAAGGUAAAUGAUGCCCUUGUUGUCUGGGAAGAACUCAAGAGCUCCUCUGGUCAUGAGCCUGAUUUAUUCACUUACCGUAUCCUCAUUCAGGGCUGUUCUAAAGCCUACCGGAUAGGUGAUGCAUCGAAAAUAUUUGCUGAGAUGCAGUAUAGGGGGUUUCGUCCUGACACUGUUGUUUAUAACUCCCUCUUGGAUGGGUUAUUGAAAGCGAGGAAGUUAGUGGAAGCUUGCAAUUUGUUUGAGAAAAUGGUUGAUGAAGAUGGUGUCAGGGCUUCUUGUUGGACCUACAAUAUACUCAUUGAUGGCUUGUUCAGGAAUGGAAGGGCUGCAGCUGCAUAUAGCUUGUUUCUUGAUCUGAAGAAGAAGAGCAAUAACUUUGUGGAUGGAGUAACUUAUAGCAUUGUUGUUUUGCAUCUUUGUAAGGAGGAUCAAGUUGAGGAAGCUCUGCAGUUGGUGGAGGAGAUGGAAGCUAGAGGGUUUGUUGUUGAUUUGGUUACCAUAACUUCCCUUCUGAUUGCACUUUAUAGGAACGGUAUGUGGGAUUCGACAGAAAGACUGAUGAAGUACAUUAGAGAUGGGAAUUUUGUUUCAAAUGUUCUCAAGUGGAAAGCAACUAUGGAGGCAUCACUAAAAGUUCCACAAAGCAAGAAAAAGGAUUUUGCGCCUAUGUUUCCUUCGAGAGGAAACUUUACUGAUAUUUUGAGUCUAUUAAGCUCAGCUGACAGACAAAUUGAUUCUAGUCUUGCCGCAGGAAAUGUUGAGCCAAAAGUUGAUGAUUUUGAUGAGUGGUCAUCUUCCCCACAUAUGGAUCUCCUUGCCAAUGAAGUCAGCCCUGCCAGUUUAUUCUCUUUGUCUAGAGGAAAAAGGGUUGAGGCCAAGGAAACUGAUUCUUUUGAUAUCGACAUGGUCAAUACGUACUUAUCCAUUUUUUUGUCCAAGGGGAAGUUGAGCUUGGCUUGUAAACUAUUUGAGAUUUUCACCAACAUGGGUAUUGAUCCAGUUAGUUACACUUACAAUUCCAUAAUGAGUUCAUUUGUUAAGAAGGGUUACUUCAAUGAGGCUUGGGGUGUUCUCCAAGGCAUGGGUGAGAUGCUUUGCCCUGCAGAUAUAGCAACCUAUAACGUUAUAAUUCAAUGCUUGGGAAAGAUGGGAAGGGCAGAUCUUGCCAGUGCUGUCCUUGAUAAAUUGAUGAAGCAAGGUGGCUAUCUAGACAUAGUUAUGUAUAACACAUUGAUUAAUGCACUUGGGAAGGCAGGUCGUAUAGAGGAGGCAAUCAGGCUGUUUCAUCAGAUGCAGACUAGCAGGAUAAGCCCUGAUGUUAUCACAUACAAUACACUCAUUGAAGUUCAUUCUAAGGCUGGGAGACUGAAAGAUGCCUACAAGUUCUUAAAGAUGAUGCUGGAUGCAGGAUGUGCCCCAAACCAUGUGACUGACACAACGUUGGAUUUUCUGGAGAUGGAAAUAGAAAAAUUGAGAUACCAUAAGGCAUCAAUGAACCGCUCUGCAGAUGAUUGUUCUUAAAGAGCAAGCUUGUGGUUGUCCUUGCUAAAGAUGAUUUGCCGACUUGAAUAUGAAUAGAAGCUCUCAGGCAUGAACGUGCUAAUCUGCAGGAUAAGAAAACAGAAUGAAAAGUUCACAGUUGCAGCAGUCUUUAUAGAAGACCUCUUGGAUCUCAGUGAGGAAAAGUUACUGGAUACAGGUUACACGCCUGAUUUGAAGCUGUACCUGACCAUAAAACCAGGGAUCCAACUUCACUGCUUAAUCGGGUGACGCUCAACAAAAGUUGGGUCGCAUAUCAUUUACCCCGCAUGUAGCACCUUGCCAAGCCCUCACGUACAGAACCACCAUCACCACCACCGUGGAGAGGAUUAGAGUUCAGCGAUGCCACCAAAUGUCCAACAGGAGCAGCAGCCUCACCGCUGUCAAAAAUGCUUAUCAAUCUAUACAUUUACCAGGAGAGCAAAAGUAACACCUCCUUCAAUGCUGCCUCCUCCAGAACUUCAAGUGAGGCAGGAAUACAUGAUUAGGCAGCAACAACAGGAAAGAGGAAGCUGGCUAGUGAGCAGAUGCAGAAAGCUAGUUAUCGUUGCCAAAUUUGUAACAUGUUGUAGCCCCAGGCAUGCCAAGUCCGAGCUGUUUUGUUCCAGGCCUCUAGAGAUGAAGUGAUAUUGUGUACAAGCAAAGAAUCGUUUUUUAUGGUCUACGCGUUUAUGUUUUCUGGGAUUUUGUUCA